GGAGCCAUGACCCCGUUCGCGUGAGGGAACCUUGCUUCGUGAAACCCGAGCCAAACUCCGAGCCUAUGUGAGCUUUCGAAGCGGGCGAACGCCGUCAGCAGGAGGGAGAGGGCGAAAGGGGGGAAACUCCUCGGACUGUUGAGAAGGAUUCAAGGUUUUCUCCGGCAGGUCAUCGGCGGCGGACUUCCUGGCGGGAGCUUCUCAGAUUGAUGGGGGACUUUGGAGAAGCCGAGAAACCGGCCCCGUCUUCGAACGCGGCCGUUGGUUCCAUAGGGCAGUCGGUGAUCCCGAUUGUCAACAAGCUCCAGGACAUAUUCUCCCAGCUCGGGAGCUCGUCGACGAUCGAGCUGCCGCAGGUGUCGGUAGUCGGUAGCCAGAGCAGCGGGAAAUCGAGCGUGCUUGAGGCGCUUGUCGGGAGGGAUUUUCUCCCCAGGGGGACUGAUAUCUGCACCAGGCGGCCGCUGGUUUUGCAGCUCGUGCACACUCCAAGGCCUGCCAAGCAGACCGAGGGUUCGGAGUGGGGCGAGUUCCUUCACUUGCCCGGAAAGCGCUUCUUCGAUUUCUCCGCGAUUCGUAGGGAAAUUCAGGCUGAAACAGAAAGGGAGGUUGGAGCAAACAAGGGUGUUUCUGAUAAGCAGAUUCGCUUAAAAGUGUUUUCACCAAAUGUUCUGAAUAUCACUUUAGUUGAUUUACCUGGAAUAACAAAAGUCCCUGUAGGAGAUCAGCCGACAGACAUAGAAGCACGGAUCAGGACUAUGAUACUAUCAUACAUCAAGCAUGAAACCUGUAUAAUAUUGGCUGUUACUCCGGCAAAUUCAGAUCUAGCAAAUUCAGAUGCACUUCAAAUGGCAAGAAUUGCUGAUCCUGACGGUUCUCGAACUAUUGGAGUUAUUACAAAGCUGGACAUAAUGGAUCGGGGGACCGAUGCUCGAAAUUUUUUGCUUGGCAAUGUGAUUCCCCUUCGACUUGGCUAUGUUGGUGUUGUAAAUCGCAGUCAAGAGGACAUUAUAUAUAACCGGAGUAUCCAGGAGGCACUAGCAAAUGAAGAGGACUUCUUCCGUAGCCGACCUGUCUAUCAUGGUCUCUCUGAUCGUUGUGGUGUUCACCAGUUGGCCAAGAAGCUGAAUCAGAUUCUAGUGCAGCAUAUCAGAAGGGUUCUUCCUGGGCUCAAGGCCCGUAUAAACAUUCAAAUGGUUGCUGUAGCAAAGGAGCUAGCUUCCUACGGUGAAAUUACAGAAUCUAAAGCUGGACAGGGUGCUCUUGUGCUGAAUAUUCUUACAAAAUACUCCGAAGCUUUUUCUUCUUUGGUGGAGGGGAAGCAUGAAGAAUUAUCUACAACUGAACUGUCGGGUGGAGCUCGUAUUCAUUAUAUCUUCCAGUCCAUCUUUGUAAAGAGCCUAGAGGAAGUGGAUCCUUGUGAUGAUUUGAGUGAUGAAGACAUUAGGACGACCAUCCAAAAUGCUGCUGGACCUAAAAAUGCAUUGUUUGUUCCCGAGGUGCCUUUUGAAGUCCUGGUGAGGAGGCAAAUAUGUCGUCUCCUAGAUCCCAGCCUUCAGUGUGCCCGGUUUAUUUAUGAUGAGUUAAUUAAGAUUAGCCAUCUUUGCCAAACUAGUGAAUUGCAACGCUUCCCAGUUCUCCGUAAACGCCUUGAUGAAGUUGUUGGCCAGACUCUAAGGGAAGGCUUGGGCCCUGCAGAGACGAUGAUUGGACACAUCAUAGAAAUGGAGAUGGAUUAUAUAAACACUUCACAUCCAAAUUUUAUUGGCGGAAGUAAGGCAGUAGAGAUUGCAGUUCAACAGUUUAAGUCUCGCACAUUACUUCCUUCAAUGCCAAAAUUAAAGGUGCAGGAUGCUGUAGAUCCAGAGAAAAUGAUAGACAAGAAUAAGAAGGGUCGAUCCUUUUUUUCUAGAUCAAGUUCUAAUGGAAAUAUUGCUGAGCAGGUAUCUCAGGAUGUUCGACCAGUUGCAAACAAUGAGAGGCCCAAAUCAUGUGGGGGUGCCCAUGGUGGAAGUUGGCUGAUAUCAUCAAUAUUUGGAGGCAGUGACGCCCAUUCAUCUACUAAACAAGGAUCAAUCUACAACUCAAAUAGUGAUCUCCUUCCCAAUAUGGAGCUUCCGUCAUCUAUAAUUCAACUGAAAGAGCCACCUGCUAUGCUUAGACCAUCAGCAACUCCUACGGAGGAAGAAGCUAUUGAAAUGGAAGUGACAAAGUUGCUUUUGAAGUCAUAUUUUGACGUUGUCAGAAAAAAUAUCGAAGACUAUGUCCCUAAAGCAAUCAUGCACUUUUUGGUCUGGCAAUUUGGAGCUCAUCUUUGGCGGUUAGCUUGAUCUUCUAUGGGCCAUACAAUAUGUUAUGAUACACAUCAUGGCUAUAGGGAAAAUUUAUAUUAAAUACCUGAGUUUCAAAGUGUAUUGGUCUCAUAUCAGGUGCAAGUCAUGACAUGCUCCAGUUCUUAGAUAUGAUUUGACAUGUGAUAUAUCCUAGAGUAUGUCUUUAUUUGGACUUAACUUUUGCCUCUCUCCAAUUUAAGAUCUCAUAACUUGUGUAGGGCUGACUCUUGAGAGUUUCAUGAAAGGUAUUUUUAUGUGUUUGAGCCUUUGAGGUGAAAAAAUAGAAUUUGGGACGGAUAUUGUGCAUGAAACAGAGUGCUUUGCUAUAGGAGCCUACUUUUAACUCCGACAUUCAUAAACAACUUUGAUUUUUGUCAUGUUUUCUUUUUUCCCUUUUAUUAUUGAGUUUCUUGAAAGGUACUUAUACACGUUUGGGUGAAAGAAUAUGAUUUGGGACUGAGAUUGUGUAUGAAACAGAUUGCUUUGGUGUAAGAGCCUACUUUUAACUCAAGACUCAUGAACAAUUUUGAUUUUGUUGCAUCUCUUUUUUUUUUUGGCUAUUCAGUUAUUUGAGAGUGUAAUUUUGUUUUAAAGCUUAUUUUUGCUUUGAAUUUCUUAAGAGUAAUAUGGACUAUUUUUAAUGGCAGGUGCAAUAUGUGCUUCAUAGCAUCAUUUCUAGGUUACUACGUGACCUUUCGUGAAAUUGAUGAUUGUUUGGUGCAUGAUGUUGUCGUUUUUCAGAUAUUACCAUUUUUCUUGCACUGGUUCUUCAGAAUUUUUUCCUAUUAUCCUUUUCUAUUAAAAGUUGAACCAUUUAUGGUAUGUUCAUAAACAUCUUAUUUUGGACACGGUUGAUAUGGAUUAUGAUUCAUGAUGCAUAUUUUGCUUGGAGAAUGUACUUUUCUUUUUCCUUGUCUCUUUGUUUCCUUUCCCUCCUAUGCAUGUUGCUUGAUGUGAUGAUGUCAUUUGCUGUCAGUAGGCUUGGUUCGACUUCUCAGAUAUAUUAACAUUCCGUCUGUUGCUCUAACAGCUUAGUUCAAAGUCAUAUAUUACAAAAGGGUUUUAAGAAAUCACUAGCACAAAACUAUGUUUAUAGCAUGAAGCUACCAAUUUAUUCCUAUUAAGGAGCCAAUUCUGUGUGGAGGACGAGGAAAUAUAGAAGUAUUGGACAGAAUAUGAUGACACUUGACAUUGAAGUCAUGGUUAUAUUGCAUUUACAGCUUUGGGAAACGAAGUAUCCCAUUGUAGUGGCAAAAAUAGAAACAAUACACUCAACUAAAUCUGCCUUCUGCUGAACAAUCUGACAGGCUCUUUUUAAGGCUAAUCUGAUGUGGUUAGGAUGCUUUUGUUAUGGAAUGUGUGCUUUAUUUGCUGAAAGUUACAUAGCUUCAAUCAAAGAGUAAUGAUGCAGCUUUGUUCUU